AUGCUGGCGCCGCCCAGCAUCCAGUUAUUCAGCAGUAGCGCUGGCCGCGUUUUCCGCCUUGUCGAAUCGGUCCUUGGAGGAGAGAAGAUAAAGCUACCAGCCCCAGAUGAACAGUGCGCGGGAGGUCAAGUCAAGAUCAUUGACCGGAACAAGACCCCUGUCAAGCUCAAGGGCGGCGAGUAUGUCGCACUUGAGAUCAUCAAUGUGACCUACAAAAAUCAACCCCGAGGCCGGAGGACGCAAGCCAUGAAAUCGAUCGGCCGGUACUGCUCGCUCAGUGCAAACGGAAAGAGCUGCUUGAGCUUGCAGCCAAAAGUGGAGUCACUGGAAAAGAUGGCCGAGGCGGUAAAGCUCCCUUCGCUGAUGCAAGCGACGGCUGUCAUGCCCGUGUUGGAGCCAUGGACGCCAGACAACGGCUGCCUCACAGCGACUUCGAAGCUUGUGCCGAAGACAAUCUACAAAGUCCACGAGAAGGACCUCGGCAUCUUGAAGCUGAUGGCCGUGAAAACCGAGAAGAAGAGGUUUUCUGCUUCGAGGAGACUGAGCUGA